AUGGAAAUCUGGGGCAAUGGCCUGUGCUUUAAGGAAAUCGUUCCUGGAGCUCCCAGCCACCCCAGCUGGAAUGCAGCUGCCAGUGAAUCAGCAUGGGAAUCAGCCACAAAGGCCACAGACGAAGGCCCCCAGCCUGCCACCCCCCACAUGCCUCUUCUUUCCACUAGUUCUACCCCCGGCCUUCCUGCACCUGCAGUCUCUGCUUCCUUCCCCAUCGUUUCCAGCCUUGAUGAGAACCACAGCUGUUUUGAGCUGGAUGGAGGUGAUCUAUGGUGUGAGCAAAAUGAACAGUGCAGACGGCUUCACCUGCCUAAGCUCCGCGUGGCCCCGCUGCACAGGCUGACUCAGUACCCCUUGUUACUGAAGAAUAUCUGGGAACGGAGUAGAGACUCUCCAGGGAAAAUCAUGAUCUAUGCCAUCAAGGAAAAGGUGGAGAAGUCACUGAGUAAGGAUCUUGAAGGAAAAGUGAAAUGGCUUGACAAUUUCCAAAAAUGUAGAUGUCUACAGGAGACUACAGUGUGGCCUCCACUUUGGGAUAGAGAUAAAAGAUUUUUCAUUCCAGAGUGCCUGAAAUGUAUUUUUAAAGAACACAUGGCAGAAAACAUCUUGUUACCAACCAACAGACACCUUCUCUAUGAAGAAAAAAUAACUCUUGCAGAAAGCUCAAGAUUCCUAGAUGCUUAUCUGUUUCUCUCUGAUGAUUUCCUCUUAGUUACAAAAACUAAGCACCACAAAAAGUGGAUGCUCGAUACUGGUUUCCUGUGUCCUUCACUCAUUCCUGAGCUGCAAACAGUAAUACAAGAGUGUGGUUUGUGUACAGUACUUCAUCAGCCCAUUGCACUAGACAGAUUGGUGGUCAGUAUUGAUCCACUCCACGUGUCAGCGUUCAGGUUGAGAAAUGCUUUCCUUGUACAACAUGAAAACAGGUCUUGACAGCAUAGAGUAGCAUUCUUAUUACAAGCCCAAACGGAAAACAUCAAAAAAACAUGGAUGGCACAAAUAGCAGUGGUCUCUUGCUUCACCAAGAAUCAGGAAACCAAGAAUAUAUCUUUAUUUACAUUGUCUGCAAAAUCCUCUGAAAUUUAG